CAUCAAAGCUCUCGGCGAGCCAAAGCUCCCUAUUUAUACACACAAAUUCCUUCUACGUAGGCAUCUCAGAUUCGCUGUAAUUUGAUGCUAGCAGGAUUGGCUGGCUUCUACAAGAUGAAGAUCUUAAUUGUCAGUAUUGGCUAUCGAAGCCGCCGCUUUGAAUGGUGAAAGAGUAUCUCCGAGCUUAACGUACUGGCACGAGAAGCUGCCGACGACGGCCAUGCCAGAAACUCUGAAGGUCCUCACAGUCAGUAUUGGCUAUCGAAGCCGCCGCUUUGAAUGGUGAAAGAGUAUCUCCGAGCUUAACGUACUGGCACGAGAAGCUGCCGACGACGGCCAUGCCAGAAACUCUGAAGGUCCUCAUCUCAGCCGAGGACGAGAAGGUGGCGGUGAACGUGGGCAAGGGAGGAGUGAACGUGAACGUGGGGAAGGGCAAUACACCACCAAAAGCGCCAGCACCUGCACCGAAAGGCAAGGGAAAAGGCGUUGGGGUAGCUGUGAAACCUCCAGUAAAAGGCGGUGGGGGCGGCGGCGUCUCUGUAAGAACCCCCGGCAAAGGGGUCGGAGUACAUGUCGGCACACAGAGUCCAUACGACUACAACUACGCUGCAGAUACCCAAAUGCUAGCUGACCCAUCUCUCUCCAUGUUUCUGCUGGAAAAAGAUUUGCACAGCGGAACAAAAGUAUCUUUACGCUUAGUCCAGGAGAACAAUCCAGACGCCCAAAAGACUCAAUUUCUUCCCCGUGGUGUAGCAGAACAAAUCCCCUUCACCUCCGACAAGUUUUCUGUGGCUUUGAAGGAGCUCAACGUAGAGCAAGAUUCUGACAUGGGUGUGGCCAUGAAGGAGACUUUACAGGAAUGUGAGAGUCCCGCCAUUAAGGGCGAAAGCAAGUACUGUGCUACAUCGUUGGAGUCCAUGAUUGACUACAGCACUUCAAGGCUGGGAAGCAACCAUGUAACUGUUUUAGCAACCAAUGUUCCAAAGACAGCAAAAUCCAUGAAGCAGGAAUAUACCAUCGUGGGAGUUAAGUAUGUGAGCAAACCAGGGGAGAAAUCGGUGGUGUGUCACAGUCAGAAAUAGGCUUACGCAGUGUUUUACUGCCAUGAAGCUCAGGGCACAAGGACUGCUAGGGUUUGGGUUAAGGGCGAAGAUGGCAGUCGGGCUGAGGCUGUGGCAGUUUGCCACGCAGACACUAGUGCUUGGAACCCUAACCACGUGGCAUUCCAGGUCUUGAAUGUGAAGCCUGGUGCUGCUUCUCUCUGCCAUUUCAUUCCUCAGGAUCACGUUGUCUGGCUUCCAGUCAACUAAGCGACGUCACUUGUUCAGGCGUUCAUGCUAUAUAUACAUUAUAUAUAUACCUAUUUAUAUUGUCGGUACCCAGUAUUAGGCCAUGCUUAUUAAGUUUGUUGUGUGGGGCAGUAGCUCUCUGUCUGUAGUUUUAUCAUUGUACAAUCAAUAAAGGUAUUAUGUUACUGA